AUGGGUUGCAAUUAUACUAAAGUUAGACCGGUUCAAGAGUUAGCCGUACCGAUGCCAGCAGAAUUAGUAUUAUCGACUAUCAAUGAUCAAUUACCUGUGGAAAUUAUAUAUAAAAUAUUGGAUGAAUUAGAUAUAGAAACAAUUUUUGUAUCAUUGUAUAAUGUAUGUAAACGAUUUAAUAGUAUCUUAUCAACUUAUGAUAAAUAUCAUUUUAAUUUAAAAACUAUUUCAUUAAAUCGUUUUAAUUUAAUUUGUUCUCGUAUUCGUCCAGAACAAAUUAUUGAAUUAACAUUAUCGGAUGAUGAAAAUAGUCCAGGUUUAAUCGAACAAUUUCUUUUACGAUUUUCUUUAAAUGAAUUUGUACGUCUUCGUUCUUUAACACUUAUACAGAUUAAUAAUGAAGAAUAUAUGAAUCUAAUAUUAAUUCCUAUGGCUGAUCAUACAUCAUUAUUGAAUCUUUUUUCAAUCAAAAUAAUUAAUAGUGAUGAAACUUAUGGUGAGAUUUUUGUUGAAUUGAUCAUGUCUAUUCUUACUAAGCCAUCGCUUCGCAAAGUCCACUUCGAUCUAUCAUAUGGUCGAACGACAUCUAAUCCAUUACCUUGGCUUGAACAAUGUUCAAUUAGACAUAUGAUAUUUAAAGGCAGUUGUAGUGUUAAUUUCAUUCGAAAUACUUUUAUUCAUGCACCUCAAUUAGAAACAUUUGCAGCAAGUGAUUUCAAUUUUGAUGAAGAAAUCGAUUUAAACAAUGUUCCAAAUAAUCACGAAGAUGAUAAUGAUAGUGAUGCUAAUGAAGAAUUCGAAGUACAAGCCGAGGAAAAUUUAAAUCAUGAGGAAAAUCAAAUACCAAAAAACGAAAAAUUCACAUCUAUAGAAUCGACAAAUUAUUUAAAUUCAUUGACACUUUAUGACUGUUCAAUAAAUAUGUCAAAAUUUGAAUGGAUGCUACAAGAGAUACCAACAUUGAAACGAUUUCGCUUAAGUACGAUAACUGGAUAUAACGAUGAAUCGAUUUUAGAUGGUCAUCGAUGGACAACUCUUGUAUCAAAUAUGGACAAAUUUGAAUUUAUUUUUUCAGUUUAUCUACCAGAUUCAUCAGUAUGGGAUACAGAUGUAUGUAUAACUACAUUUCGAACACCAUUUUGGACUGAAGAUAAACAAUGGUUUGUGUCAUUAGAAAAGUAUGACGAUGAAGUUAUUCUUUAUACAUUACCAUAUCUCAAUGAUUUCUAUGUGGUCAAAAGUCUGUCAUCUUCAUUUCAAUAUCGUUCUACUGCUAUUGAAAAUUCAACAUUACAAAUUCAAUGUAUGAAUAAUGUUCGUGACUUAUACAUAGAUACAUGGAACAUAAUAAAACCUCAAGUGGAGAAUGCUAUUCUUCCUCAUUUUCUUCAUGUUACACAUUUAUCUCUCUGUGGUAAAUGGCCAAAAUCAAAAUCAUUCCUUACUGAUAUGGAAACAAUUAUAGAUAUGAGUACUAUUGAAGAAUUAAGCAGAGAAGAGAUUGUGCCUACCAUCGAUUUUAUUACCUUAUUAAACAUGAUGCCCAAUCUAAAAUCAAUAAAAACUAGUACAAAUCUUCUUGAUGCAUUAAAUGCUGCUAAAUUUUCUCAUACAAACUGUCUUCGUUCAUUCAUUAUUGCUCCAAAUGAUUAUGAAGAUCAACACGCUGUCAAUAUUGAACCAUUCUGUUCUAUGUUUCCUCGAAUUCAACAUCUGAUUAUUCCCGUGGAUAAUGUUGAUAGUUGUCAAUAUGUUCUUGAUCAACUAAAACAAGAUCUUCUUAGUGUUAUUUUUCGAAUAACUGGAAAUGAUCAUAGUUUUGAUGAGACCGACGAUGAAAGUGAAAAUGAAGAAGAAAAUUCAACUGUCAAUUUAUUUUCUGAAUGGAUACAAGAGCUAUCAGAACGAUAUCAUUGCUAUAAAAAACAACGACAAAUUCACAUAUGGCUUCAAUGA